GCGGCUUGUGGCGUGGUUAUUUUGCUGACGCAUUUAGUCGCGUAUGGUUCGUUGCAUUAGAGUUUGCGGUCGGUGACUUCGUCGAGGAUUCGAGUGCUUUUUCCGGGUUGUUUACUUUUUUUCGUUCCCGCGCGGCGCCGAAUCGAAAAAUCUACCGUCACGAAAACUGACUACGUUGUCGAAACGACCUUCCCGCGUUUGUUGCCGCAGUUUCUUCGCCAGCUUGGCCUAAAACAAGUGGAAAGUAUCGCGUGUCUAUUGUAAGCUUGGUUGCCUAACCUCAAACAACGAAACCGCAGUGUUUUGCAAACAAGAUGAGCGCGAGUGUUUACCCGACACAUAGGGCGAUGGUACUAUCGUCCCGGAAUCAGGACACGGUUAUUAGCAAUCAACCCGAGGUGAAAAAGGUGAAACGGAUCUUGUUCGGGCCCGCGGACCCAAAAGCCACGCAAAGGUUCAUCGACGAUGAGCUAAAAAAGAUACUCGCUACCACUUCAGAACGAUGGAACUUUGAUUUUCAACGCGAGCGGACUUUAAAUCCUGAGGGAGCGUACGAUUGGAAACCUGCGACCCCGAAGAAGUGUAUCAGGCCCAUUAAACGGCGACCCGAAUCUGAUUUCGACACAUCCGAACUGUAUUGCGAACCGUGUCGUAUAGAGAUCGUGAGGCCAAUUCCCGUUAGGAUCACCGCAUCCUGCAAAACGCAACAGAGUCACAUAACAGAUUACAUGAGGGCAGCGAAAAGACCGCUGUCGGAACUAUCAAAGAGAUCCGAUUGGGAGCAGGGUCAAGUUGGGGCCGCGGCGACAGCCCCUCCGAAGAAGAUACCGCGGCUUCCGGAGUUUAGCAGUUAAAAGAUCGCCCCGUAUAGAGAGCAGCGCUCUGUACCCUCUUCCACAAAGCCACACGCGCACCCGCGUAACGUACGCGCGCGUGCACUUGUUACAAAUUACUUAUGAUCUCCGAAAAAAAAAAUUAUUUGAUAUAACUAGAGAGUACAAUUCGGUCGUUUCCGGCGGCGCUUCCCCUGCUGCGGCGGGCGGGGGGUCGCUACUCGAUUGUUUUUUAAUAUUAGGGGUCUUGUACAGCUUAAGUACUAUGCAGUGGGAGGGGCGUUCGAUGUUUCGCACUGCCCACUGCACUAUUGUAGAUUUUUUUUGUCGGUGCGGUAACGCUUAAAUAAUAAAUUUGGGAAUAGAAAAAAUGGCGGAUCGAUCGGAAGGGAAGAAAUUAAGUAACAGUGUUUUGCCAAAAAUUUGAAUUUUUGCGUAUUCAAAAAUUAGUACUGCUCGAAACCACCAUUAUUUUUCUUUCUUUUUAUAUACAGUGUGUCUUAUCUCUCAUGGUUUUACGGCGUAUUUCCUUUGUUAAUAAAGGUAGCGUGUUGUGACACUUUUUAUUUCAUUAAAAAAAUCACGAAAGUCUUAACACGCUAUCUUUAUUAAUAAGGUAGAUACCACUGUAAAACUAUAAAAAAUGCAACAUACUAUUACAGGGUGUCCCGAAAUUUUCCACCCUACGAAAACUCGUCUUUUCAGAUAGAUAUUCUGUUUGCCAAUGAAAAUUUGAGUAUUAUAUUUCAUUCAUUGAAGCAAGGUGUCGGAAAUUUUGCCGCGUCCUUUCGUCCAUGGUGGUCUGACGAAGGUUUUUUUUUCUCGAAACUUUACCUCUGAAUUUUGUUUUCGUUUACCACCUUCGCGGUCAGCCAUUUUUUUUUAAUUCGCCGCUCGCUUAAGCGUUACCGGACUCGUAUAUAUUUUUUUUGCAUAACGGUCUCUAGGCUAUAUAACAUAUUUAUUUUCCUUGUGAUCUCUCGGCCAAAAUCGCGUAUUGUUAAGCAGAACCGGCCGGCGCGGUCUCCCUCAUUCGGGGUGGGACGCGCGCCGCUGCGCCCCGGCGGUUUACCACGUGCAAUUAUUGUAAAUAGAAACCAUAAACGGGGUGUCGGGGAUUUUUGCGGCUACAGAUUUUUUUUUCCAAAAUUCUAUCAUCGACGUGGAAGAACGGGGGACGACGAAUUGGUUGAACUAUAUAUACCUUAACAUACCUGAGCGUACAUCACUAAGGCCGCAUUCCGGCCGGGCGCCUGCCCAUCGUAGGCGCCCGUCAUCUCAUCAGCUCGCGGAUUCCGCGGUAUAUUUUUUUUCUGUUUGUAGUUUUAGGGAUAUAGCAGGGGAGGUGUUUUUUUUUGCGCGUGGGACGCGUUUUUUGAGAUGAAAAAAUACAUUUAUUUACUUGUUAACAUCUGUGAUGUAUUAGAAAUAUGAUCUCAAAAGCAAAUAUAUUAAUAUAUAUUAUAUCGUGUGCGCGGGGGGCGGGGUCGUGCCCUCCCGUCCGGUUCCCCCAUCCCCUAUUUCGCCGACUGCGCUAAUCAGGGUUCACGAUCCGCAGUUGGGGGUGGGCACGAGGGCGGUUCCCGGGGGGCGGCCGACUCCAAUUUUGAGUAACGGCAAAGUAAUUUAGAUGUAAUGAAGAAUAAUGUAAAUUUGUUGUAAAAAAUAACGAUUUUUAAAGUAUAUCGUGGAGCUUGGUAAUUAAAGCUUCGUUUUGUUAGUA